CAAAAAUAAAAUAAAACAAAGGAGAAAUCUGUCAGCUGUUCCACAACCAGAAACGUUGCAAAGCCUUUUUGGGGACAAGGGCAGCCCCGGCUCCCUCCCCACGCUUAUCCACAGCAGCCUCAUCCGUAGGGAGAGCCGCUGCCUGGAGGCCGUGAUUGGGGCGAUGCCCCCCAGAAGGGCCGCCUCCAUCCCUCCAUCCCUUCAUCCCUCCACCCCCCUCCAUCCCAUCUGUCCGCCCCACGCGGGUGGGGGCUCUGCUGACUCAUCUGCCCACGCCCCCCCUUCCCUCCCCCCCCCUCCUUUUCCCCCCCCCAACGUCGGGCGCUGCGAGGGGCUGCAUUGCAGACCCGGCUGCGCCAACAGACAAAAGCGACGCCGCAGCGAGGAGGCACAAAGAGGAGCAGCGACCCGCAGCCCCCCGCAGCCCCACCAUGCUGGACACCAUCAGCAGUCAGUACGACUCCUUCAUCUACUGGAGGAUGCCCAUCCCACGGUUGGAGUUGGCAGAGCUGGAAGGGUUGGGCUUGGGGUCCCUCUAUGCACCCCACAGCAAACUGCCCGAGGCAGCCCAGGAGCCCAGCUGUGCAGAGGAGGACAGCCUGCUGCCCUUCAGCAGCUUCAACUUCUGGAGAGCACCCAUCGCCAGCAUCAGCUCCUUUGAAUUCGACCUCAUCUGAUGCCCUCCUCCUCCUCCUCCCUGUUCCCCCAUUGCCAGGCAUGCCAGGGUUCGGUUUUGUUGGUUCUGUACGGUGUCAGGUGUUUGG